UCACCAAAGUCACGUUGCUUCGCGGCCGGGUUAAAUAGCGGAUGUGUGCCGUAGACCGGCAGAUUAGCCCGGCUCAGAGAGUCCUGCUGACAUUUCAGUGAACAGCUCGGUUGAGACCUCCUGAACGGACGAGGCUUUGCUCCAAAGAACAAUUUACUCGUCUUUGUACUUUUCUUUAUUACCGGCUCGGUUCCCGUUUACUGCUCGGCUCUCCAGUUUCUGAGGAAUGCCCAGGGAGCUGACCCAGAACAGGAUCCAAAAGAUCUGGAUUCCCACUAAGGAUGACAAGCCGUCGCCACGGAGAGCGGCUUGCGCUCCCCACUUUGCCAACCCCCCCACCGUCAUCGUGAUGGUGGGUCUCCCGGCUCGAGGGAAGACAUACAUGUCAAAGAAACUCACCCGCUACCUCAACUGGAUCGGCAUGCCCACCAAAGUCUUUAAUGUUGGAGAGUAUCGCAGGGAGGCGGUCAAAAACUACAGCUCCUAUGAUUUCUUCAAGCCUGAUAAUGAGUGUGCCGUGAAAAUCAGGCAGCAAUGUGCCUUAGCUGCUUUGAGGGACGUCAAGUCUUAUUUGAAGGAUGAGGGAGGCCAAGUUGCGGUGUUUGAUGCCACUAACACGACAAGAGAGAGACGAGACAUGAUCCUCAAGUUUGGCGGUGAGAAUGGCUUCAAGAUCUUCUUCAUCGAGUCUUUGUGCAACGAUCCCAGCGUCAUUGCAUCGAACAUCAUGGAAGUCAAGGUGUCCUGUCCGGACUACCGCGACUGUAACAAGACUGAUGCCAUGCUGGAUUUCCAGAGGAGGAUUGAAUGCUACAAAACCAGCUACCAGCCCCUGGACCCCGAUCAGUAUGACAGGGACCGCUCCUUCAUCAAGGUGAUAGAUGUUGGUCGGCGCUUCCUCGUCAACCGCAUUCAGGAUCAUAUCCAAAGUAAGAUCGUCUAUUAUCUGAUGAACAUUCAUGUCCAGCCCAGGACCAUCUACCUGUGCCGGCACGGUGAGAGCACCGACAACCAGGAGGGACGGCUGGGCGGUGACUCGGGACUGUCGCCACAAGGCAGACAGUUCUCGGCUGCCCUGUCUCGGUUUGUGGCGGAGCAGGAGCUGAAGGAUCUGAAGGUUUGGACCAGCCAGCUGUGUCGCAGCAUCCAGACUGCAGAGCACCUAGGGGUCCCAUAUGAACAGUGGAAGGCUCUCAAUGAGAUAGACGCUGGAGUCUGUGAAGACAUGACGUACGAUGAGGUGAAGGAGAAAUUCCCGGAGGAGUUUGCAUUGAGGGACGAAGAUAAAUUCUACUAUCGCUACCCUGCUGGAGAGUCCUACCAGGACCUAGUCCAGCGGGUGGAGCCGGUCAUCAUGGACCUGGAGAGGCAGGAGAAUGUCCUGGUUAUCUGCCACCAGGCAGUCAUGCGUUGCCUGCUGGCCUAUUUCCUGGACAAGAGUGCAGAUGAGAUGCCCUACCUGAAGUGUCCCCUCCACACAGUGCUGAAACUCACCCCGGUCGCCUACGGGUGCAAAGUGGAGUCGAUCACUCUAAAUGUGGAAGCAGUGAACACCCACAGAGAUAGACCGGAGGAGGUGAAGAGAGGUCCUGGCAUCUUGAUCAGGAGGAACAGCGUGACUCCUCUGACCAGCCCUGAGUCUAACAUUAAGAAACCUCGCAUCGAUGACUUUGAUGAGGCUCCGAUCCAGGAUCUGCCUCCGUCUGUUGCCUCCCUGGCACUCUGCAGCCCCUCCCACCUCCCUCUCUCGCUGGCUGGACAGCACUGGCUGGGCAAAGUUUGCCUAACUUGAGGAGAAACUCAUCUCGUCAUGACAUCCUGCAGCCCUGCCAGUGAACAGCUGAUCUGUGGAUCGCUGACAGACUCCCUGAAGACGAUGACCAGUUGCCAUCAUUUUAUCAAGCACACAUUUCACUGAACCUUUGUGUUCAAAGAGAGCAGUGAUUACUGAAUGUUCUAUCUCAUACCUACAUCAUUUCAAAACAAGACUCUUAAGUUCUCCCUUUAUACUAUUGUUGAUAACUGUCUUUCUCUGUGAGACUGCUUAAUCCUUGUUUUCUGUGUCGCUUGUUCUGACUGAAAGAGGAAAACUGUGACUCAUUUCGAUUAGCAGUCAUUCAUAUUUCAUCUCACGACUCAGACGGCUCUCUGGGAAACCAGUUUGUUCUGGUCUAUUGCUUUAGAGAGACCAAAGACCAACCCUCACUAUUUGGUUACACCUUCAGAUCAUCCUUUUUUAAACCUUACGUUGCACUGAUCAGUAAAAAGGAUAAAGAAUUCAGUGUACAUCGUCAACAUUUUGGCACUUAUUUUUAAAGCACUCGCAUUUUAAUGGAUUUGUUCUUUAUUAUGACGUGCAAAUGAAACAGUCAUGAUUUAUGUCACUCCUUUGUAUGCUAACACACUACAAAAUGAUUGAUAUUUUGCACAGUUGGGAUACAUUUAGACUUUUCUUUCUUUAUCUCUAUGUCACUUUAUGUUCUUGAUGUUAUAUAACCUCACGGUAACGGGGGAGAUUUAUACCGUAGAGUGCCUGUAGUGCUUGUUCUGCAAGCCUAAUGCUGCUUCUCUCUGCUGUUUCUCUUGACUUAAUCGCUUGAGAAGAAGCAUCACACUUCACCUAAUAACUUCACAUAUCAUUUUAAUGUUUAACUUUCAGAGUUUGAAUAACAUUUUUAGUUCCUUUAUGUACCUGCAGAUUCUUUAACUGAGUUCUCUCCACUUUUGGAAAACUGAAUUUUUUUCUUUUGCUGUCAAUGUCUCAAACGCACAAACGUGAGCAUCUAUAUUUUGUUAAAACUUUGCGUGCUGUUAAUAAUAUCUUUGUUAAUGUCAGUGUACAAUGUAAAUGGAUGGAUGGAAGAUAGCAUGGAACUCUGAUGGAAGUCUUUGAAUGAUAAUGUGUGUUUUUUAAUAAUGUGUUGGGACUGAAUGAGAAGUUUGUUUUGUUGAGGAAGAAGCUGCUGCUCACCUCUCUCAGUAAAACUUUUAACAUGUUUGUUUAAGAUACUUGAAAUUUUUUGUAAAAACUGUUUUAUUAUAUUCUUAAUUUAUAUUUAUUUAGUUUGGAAUGACUGCGUGGAGCGAAGGCCCCUCGGUUGAAUCUGAGGACUGUGCAUGAGAGUACAGUUGAACAGUUGAUUUUGCAUCUGCUGGACCAAUAAAUGAACUCCUGGAAAACACA